GAAAGCAGUUGUAAGACAGGUGCCCUCGGUUCAUUCUCGGCGAGGGGCAGCAGUUGCCUGUGUGAGCGCGAGUGGGAAGCGUGUGUGGAUUUCUUUUUUACUUGAUUUCUUUCUUCUUUUUUUUUUUUUUGUGGUUUUCCCCCUAUUUUUUUUUGGUUUCUCGGACCGUCAUUCAGUGGCUGGAUGGCGUGGGACAGGUGUAACCAGGACUCGGUGUGGAGAGAAUUAGAGUGCGCUGCCUUGGUCGGUGAAGACCAGCCCCUCUGCCCAGACCUCCCGGAACUUGACCUCUCAGAGCUGGACGUCAGUGACUUAGACGCAGACAGCUUCCUGGGUGGCCUCAAAUGGUACAGCGACCAAUCGGAUAUCAUUUCCACUCAGUACGGCAAUGAGGCCUCGAAUCUUUUUGAGAAGAUAGAUGAAGAAAAUGAGGCCAACUUGCUGGCAGUGCUUACAGAGACCCUGGACAGCAUCCCGGUGGAUGAGGACGGAUUGCCUUCGUUUGAGGCCCUGGCAGAUGGGGACGUGACCAAUGCCAGUGACCGGAGCUGUCCCUCCUCCCCCGACGGCUCGCCACGCACCCCAGAGUCCAAGGAGCCUUCCCUGCUGAGGAAGCUCCUUCUGGCGCCCGCAAACUCCCAGCUCAGCUAUAAUCAAUACACAGGUGGCAAGGCACAGAACCAUGCAGCCAGCAGCAACCACCGGAUCAGACCACCACCUGCCGUCGUCAAGACGGAGAGCCCCUGGAAUGGCAAAGCGAGAGGGGGCUCCAUCACACAGAACCGCGCGGUGAGGCGGCCUUGCACUGAGCUGCUGAAGUACCUGACGGCCACCGAUGACAUCCUGCUCCACACCAAAGCCAGUGAAGCCAAGAGCACGUGGGUCGGUGCCGGUGGCAGAGACAAGAGCGGCUUGGGGCUCGGCGCCUCUUCCUCCUCCUCUUCGCCGUCCUCGUCAUCCACCUCCUCGUUCUCCUCCCUCUCCUCCGUCUCUUCGUCUUCCUCCACCGCCUCAAAGAAGAAGUCAACUGUGCCGUCUCAACAACCGCAGCAGCAGCAGCAGCCGCAGCAGCAUCACCAGCGAGGUGAGAGCCGGGCUGCAGGCGAGUGUAGUGUGCCUGGUGUUGGGGCUGGGAAGUGGCAGCGUUGCACUCGCGAUGGCGGUGUUGAGAAGUCGGAGGGUGCCUCUAUCCCUGUCGGCCACAGAACCUCCACCUGCGGCCAUGCCUGCCCCAAACUGGAGCAAGAACCUUCCAGUGAAGAAGGAAGGCCGCCAGGCGAUGCGGACCGCCUGGCCGCCGCUAGGUUUAUUAGGUAUAUGCAUUCUUAUUCCCUCCCUCCCAGAGAGGUGAGUCACAGCUGUGAGCAUUGCCGAGAGGCUGCGGGCGCCACUCAGGCUAGUAAGGGCUCUGGCAGGCAAGGCCGUAGCAAGAGUAGCAUUGCCAGCCGUGCAGCUCACAGGCACAUCACAGUGACUAUUAGGAAAAGAGAUGGGAAGCUGGGGCACCCCUUACUUAGCCAGCUGCUCACCUCCAAACAGAGGCCUGCUCAGUAUCUGCCCCAACUUGUCCCACCUAAGAUCGCCCCUUUACCCAGAACUCAGGGCAAAUUAGCAGGUAAGAAGUCUGAGAGUACAUCCCAGGCUGUUUCAAAGGUGGAGGAGGAAGAGUUCAGAGGGACCAGUGAUUUGAAAAACCGGGGAGUAAGUCAAGCUGAAGAGCCUGACUCAGGGCCUCUGUGGCCACCUCUUGGCUUAGACCUAGAGAAAUGGGUUAACCAGCUAGAUCCUGGGCUAGACAUUGGCUUUGGACUAGAACUGGGCUGGCCAAUCCAGGGGGGCUGUGGGGAGGAUUUUGACCAUAAUGAUGAUGAUGAUGACGGUGUUGAUGAUGAUGACCGUGUCACGGGAAGCCCUGCAUUGGUGCUCUCACAGUGGCCACCAAGCCCGCUCUUCCCAGAUACUAGAAAUGCAGAGCCCACCCUUCCCUGCAUCAUACAAGGGCAAGGGCACCCACACAGACAGGCACUCAGCAAGCACCCCGACGACCAGGGCCACCCGUUGUUAGCCAAACCAACCACCUUGCCACUUCCUUUGACCCCAGAGUCUCCAAAUGACCACAAGGGAUCACCGUUUGAGAACAAAACCAUUGAAUGCACAUUAAGUGUGGAGAUUGCUGGAACCCCAGAGCUCACCUGACAGACGUCCCUCCUCUUGGUCUCGACACAACACAGAUUCAAGCACUUUUCGCUCCAGGACUCACAAGAGCCCCCACCCUCCGUCCCGAUCUCCCCUCAGCCGCAGGCCAAGGUAUGACAGCUACGAGGAUUACCAGCACGAGAGGCUGAAGAGGGAGGAGUACCGCCGGGACUACGAGAAGCGGGAGUUCGAAAGAGCCGAGCAGAGGGAGAGGCAGAAGCAGAAAGCAAUAGAGGAGAGACGGGUGGUGUACGUGGGGCGACUGAGGUCCAACUGCACCCGGACGGAGUUGAAGCGCCGCUUUGAAGUCUUCGGCGAAAUUGAAGAAUGUGCCGUGAACUUGAGGGACGAUGGGGACAAUUUUGGCUUCAUCACGUACCGCUACACUUGUGACGCCUUCGCCGCCCUUGAGAACGGACACACCUUACGCAGGUCCAACGAGCCCCAGUUCGAGCUGUGCUUUGACGGACAAAAGCAGUUCUGCAAAUCGCAUUACACGGACUUGGACUCCCACUCGGACGACUUUGAUCCAGCCUCCACGAAAAGCAAGUACGACUCCAUGGAUUUUGACAGCUUGCUGAGGGAGGCCCAGCGCAGCCUGAGAAGGUAACCAGUGCCGUGGCGCCUGAGGGGGACGUCCUAUACCUCACUGUUGUCUCUCGCUCCUUGGACGACGAGACCACCAGAAGUUUUACACUCUACGUCAUAGAGUAUAUAAGAGUUAAGUCUAUAGACCUAUAUCACUAUAAAUGAAUAUAUCAAAAAUAAAGUUUACAUGAACAUAGCUGCUGAAGAGCGGGGGUGGGGUGGGGUGUGGGUGGGGGAGAGACAUUGCAUUGUGGGAAAAGCCAGUGAUCCCUCAGAACCCGGUGCACUUGUUCGGUGCACUCUACUGCUGUACAACCAUCUGUGGAUGAAGAAGAAGAUGAAGCUACUUUUUUUCUCUCCGAGAACUACAAUACCCACAAUUCUUUGGGGGUGAAGACAUGCAGCUUGUUCA